ACAGACUUUAUUCGCAUUCGAGACUUUGCGAGACCGUAACCUGCGCCAAAAAGGCCGGCAAUUUUUGUUGUUGUAAAAUCGGCAUUUUUUUUAUACAAACAUGUCUGAUUCAGAGUCAGAAAGUACAAGUGACGAGCAAAUGGAAGAGUCCGUACCAGGUCCGUCUGUGCUAUUAAAGGCUCCACCAAAAGGUAAAAAUGCUGAAGGAGAAGAGGAAGAAGAAGAGGACUAUGAUGCUAAAAUUGAAUCUGAUAGAGGUAAUAGGUUUGAAUACCUGCUUAAACAGACUGAGAUCUUUGCUCACUUUAUGAUGACUGGCAUGAAUAGUAACACAAAAUCACCUUCCAGCCCCCUCAAGAUGAAAAAGUCCAAAAGUAAACUUGCAGAGAAGGCAAAACUGGUGGAGGCAGGAGAGCGUUCAAAAUCAGGUGAUCCAGGAGAAUCUCCAGUUAAAGGUGCUGCUAGUCAUAGACAUAGACGUACUGAGACAGAGGAAGAUGAAGAACUGAUUUCACAAGCCAAGAAGUCUACUGCUGUUGUAACCAGAUUUGAGGAAAGCCCUUCAUACAUCAAGGGUGGUGAGAUGAGAGAUUACCAGGUCAGGGGUCUUAAUUGGAUGAUCAACUUGUAUGAAAAUGGUAUCAAUGGUAUAUUAGCUGAUGAAAUGGGUUUGGGUAAGACAUUACAAACAAUCUCGUUGCUAGGCUACAUGAAACAUUACAGACAUAUACCAGGUCCUCAUCUUGUCAUCUGUCCUAAAUCUACACUCUCUAACUGGAGUAAUGAACACAAGCGCUGGUGCCCCAGUCUACGUACUGUCUGUCUUAUAGGAUCACAGGAACAAAGGGCCGAAAUUAUCCGAGAUAUAAUGAUGCCUGGGGAAUGGGAUGUGUGUAUAACAUCAUACGAAAUGAUAAUCAAGGAGAAAUCUGUCUUUAAAAAGUUUAACUGGAGAUACAUGGUCAUUGAUGAAGCCCAUAGAAUCAAAAAUGAAAAGUCAAAGUUAUCUGAGAUAGUACGAGAGUUUAAGACAGCUAAUAGACUACUACUGACUGGUACUCCACUACAGAAUAAUCUACAUGAGUUGUGGGCCUUGCUUAACUUCCUCCUACCAGAUGUGUUCAAUUCUGCUGAUGACUUUGAUUCCUGGUUUAAUGCAUCCGAGAUGAACAAGGAGCUUGUGGAGAGAUUACAUGGUGUAUUGAGACCAUUUUUACUGAGACGUUUGAAGUCGGAAGUAGAGAAAAGAUUACUACCAAAAAAGGAAACAAAAAUCUUUGUUGGUCUUAGUAAAAUGCAGAGAGAAUGGUAUACAAAGAUUUUAAUGAAGGAUAUAGAUGUAGUGAAUGGUGCUGGUAAAUCAGAGAAGGUGAGAUUACUCAACAUUCUCAUGCAGCUGAGGAAAUGUUGUAAUCAUCCCUAUCUGUUUGAUGGAGCUGAACCAGGACCACCAUACACUACAGACAAGCAUUUAGUUGAUAACUGUGGUAAAUUGGUUAUCUUGGAUAAACUUCUCCCAAGACUCCAGUCAGAAGGUUCACGAGUUCUUAUAUUCAGUCAGAUGACUAGAGUAUUAGAUAUCCUGGAAGAUUAUUGUUUCUGGAGGAAUUACCAAUAUUGUCGACUUGAUGGAUCUACGCCACAUUCAGAGAGACAGAUAUCUAUAGACGAUUACAAUGCCCCAGACAGUAAAAAGUUUAUAUUCAUGUUGAGUACACGUGCCGGAGGUCUCGGUAUUAACCUUGCUACAGCAGAUGUUGUCAUUCUUUAUGACUCGGACUGGAACCCACAGGUGGAUCUACAAGCCCAGGAUCGUGCUCAUCGUAUAGGACAGAAGAAACAGGUGCGUGUGUUUAGAUUUAUCACAGAGAACACUGUUGAGGAGAGAAUUGUGGAGAAGGCUGAAAUGAAAUUACGUCUAGAUAAUAUUGUUAUACAGCAAGGGCGUCUGGUAGAUGCUGCAGCAACAAAGUUAGGUAAAGAUGAAGUGUUGAAUAUGAUUAGACAUGGAGCUAGUCAUGUAUUUGCAUCUAAAGACAGCGAAAUUACUGAUGCUAACAUUGAUGAAAUACUUACCAAGGGAGAGAAGAAAACUGAAGAAAUUAAAGGCAAACUGGACAAGCUGGGUGAGGGUAGUUUACAGGGUUUGUCGUUUGAUACAACAGAACAACGCGGGUCAGUUUACAAGUUUGAAGGAGAGGACUACAGGGAGAAACAGAAGAUUGGUAUGAACUGGAUCGAACCUCCCAAACGUGAGAGAAAAGCUAACUAUGCUGUUGAUGCUUACUUCAGAGAGGCCCUUAGAGUCAAUGAACCCAAAGCUCCAAAGGCUCCAAGACCUCCUAAACAACCAAAUGUUCAAGAUUUCCAGUUCUUCCCACCAAGACUGUUUGAAAUUUUAGACAAAGAAAUUUAUUUUUACAGGAAAAGUAUAGGCUAUCGGGUGCCUAAGAAUCCAGAAUUAGGUCAUGAUGCUGAAAGGGUAAGACGAGAAGAGCAAGCCAAGAUUGAUGAAGCUGAGUUACUUACAGACGAGGAAAAUGCUGAAAAAGAUGAUCUUUUAAAACAGAUGAUAAAAUAUUGUAUUCUUAAUCAGGUGAUUGAAUAUUCACGUGUAUUCUGGGAGAGAUGUAAUGAAUUACAAGACAUUGAGAAAAUAAUGGCACAAAUAGAGCGUGGAGAGGCAAAGAUUCAGAGACGUAUUAGUAUCAAGCGUGCCCUAGAUGCUAAAAUGAUGAGAUAUAAGGCUCCAUUCCACCAGCUCCGUAUACAGUAUGGUACAAACAAGGGCAAAAACUACACCGAGGAGGAAGAUCGGUUUCUCAUCUGUAUGUUACACAAGCUUGGCUUUGACAAGGAGAAUGUCUACGAUGAGUUACGUACUGCCAUCAGACAAGCUCCACAAUUCAGAUUUGACUGGUUUAUCAAAUCUAGGACAGCUAUGGAGAUACAGAGACGAUGUAACACGUUGAUUACACUGAUAGAGAGAGAGAACAUGGAGUUAGAAGAGAGAGAAAAGGCAGAGAGAAGACGUAAAGGCAAGGCUGGAGGUAGUGCACAAAAGGUAAAUACUACACUGAUUGAUUAGUGAUACUUGUUUUGA